CGGUUUGACAUACGGGAGUACUGGUAGAGGUACCGGGGGCUUCGAGCCUAUGGCGUAUUUAAUAAUAAUAAUAAUAGUAACUGCAGCUCCGCCACGAAUGGCGCUCGUUAGGCCAGCCCUGGAUAGAGCUGGGGCAUGAAACAUCGAAGGAUUGCGGGAGGCAUUGGCGCCAGCCUAGCCGCCUGGCUGAGCUGAUGGCUGUCGGGGUUUUUAAUCCAUGCCUCUGCUCCUGGAACGCAUCGUUGCGCUGCUUCUGUCGUCGUUUCCAUUACUUUCAGUGGAUUUGUUGAUAAUCUGCAGCGUUCAGACAGCGUCGAAUAUGCGGUGUUUUGCGACUACUUCAUUGGCGCUGUUGAGUUUACGGGUAGCGUCAGCUUUUGGUGAGAAAUUCUUAUAUCCGACUGCAGGUCUAACUCUGCACUAUCUCGACACUGUGAAUGUUGAAUAUCAAACAACUCUUUAUAACCCUCGGCUUUAUACGUGGUGUUAUAACGCAGAUAAUAAUAUUAUUCGUGAGUGGUUGCUAACAACGGCUGGACCACCCAGAUGGAUACGACGCCACGGCUUCUAUACAGCUGAACUUCACCACUGGCGUUCGGUGCUGGUUCAACAUAAGACAUAACGACACUGAUUUGGGGUUUAACAGCGAGAAUUGGGACUUUGACCAUACACAAAGGAGUCAGACAACACUCGG